AUGACGCUGUAUCCAAACCGGCCAGCUAAUACUUCCCUGCCUGUGCUGGUGGAUACAAAGGCUUACCUCUCUUGCCCUCCUAUCGUGUUGACAAAUACGCUUUUAACAAUUUGGGAAAUAGCCCUCCGAGACAAGCCUUUCUGCAUCAGAACCCACAGGAGAUACACAAAAGAGAUCAUAGAAACAAACUGCACUGACAAGAGAAUGACCUGGCCAGACAGACCUGACCAGAUUCCUGCCCUUCAGAUUGACCCAGUGGCCAUCACUCAUGAAGGGCAUUACAGGUGUGAAGUGGCAACACCUGAUGGGAAUUUCCAAAAUAACUAUCACCUCCGAGUGCUAGUGGCCCCUGAGAUGACUCUGUUUCAAAGUGAGAAUAGAACUGCGGUGUGCAAGGCAGCUGCGGGGAGGCCGGCUGCCCGGAUCUCCUGGACCCCAGCGGGAGACUGUGUCCCUGAGCACAAAGAUUGGGGCAAUGGCACAGUGACUGUCCAGAGCACGUGCCACUGGGCGGAUGGCAAUGUGUCUAUUGUGUCCUGCUCUGUCUCCCAUGAGACUGGCAACUGGAGUCAGUCCUUAGAACUGAAUCAAAUCCAGGGAGGAGGCGGCGCUGCCACCGGCACCGGGGUCGGGGUCCGGAGCCACCGGCAGCACCACAUCCUUGCAGCAAGGCCACGCAGCCAGGAUGUUGUCCAUGCUGAACAUGCUGGCGGGCAUCCCUGA